GAAGCGCAUUGAUGCUGCUCGGGUUUCAAAUGUGGUUGCUGGUUGUACAAAUCUUUUCCCACUUAUUGGAGCAAUCAUAGCUGACUCAUUUCUCGGAUGUUUCUCUGUCGUGUUACUUUUCUCUGGCUUCUCUUUAAUGGCAUAUUUCUAGCAGCUGUCGGAACGGGUGAUACACCCUUCACUAUUGCAACAGUGGGAGCAAAUCAAUUCAAAAAGGCCAAGGACAGAGGGAUUUUCUUCUACUGGUUUUUCUUUACUAUAUAUGUUUCUUCUAUGGUGAGCUCUAUGGUAAUUGUAUACAUUGAGGAUAACGUGAGCUGGGGCUUAGAUUUUGGUGUUUGUCUUGCUGCUAAUUUAAUUGGAUUAGCCACUUUUAUUUUGGGAAAACGGUUUUAUCACCAUGUUAGACCUCAAGGGAGUCCGUUCAAGGAUAUUGUUCGUGUUAUUGUUGCUGCUAUUAGGAAGAGGAAGGUUGUCAUCUCAUCGGAAAACGAGAAUUAUUACCACGAACAUGAUGAAACAUUGACUGUGGAAUCCAGAAAACCAAAAGACAGCUUCAGGUUUUUGAAUGCUGCAGCUUUGAUAACUCAGAUGGCUUAAUCUUAAAACCAUGGAGGCUAUGCUCUGUGCAACAAGUGGAAAAUCUCAAAGUCAUAAUUAGAAUUUUCCCACCGUGGUCAAGUAGCAUCUUCUUGGGCACCCCAAUUGCGAUCCUAUUAAGUCACUAUACUUCAAGCUCUAACCAUGGA